AGUGGAUGCAACAUGGACAGUUCCAAUGGAACCUCCACCGUGGUGGGGUUCAUUCUCCUGGGCCUCUCAACCCAACCGAAGCUGGAGAAAACCUUCUUUGUGCUCAUCCUGCUGAUGUACCUGGUGAUCCUGCUGGGAAACGGGGUCCUCAUCCUGGUGACCAUCCUUGACUCCCACCUGCACACGCCCAUGUACUUCUUCCUGGGGAACCUCUCCUUCCUGGACAUCUGCUACACAACCUCCUCAGUCCCCCUCGUUCUUGACAAUUUCCUGACCCCCAGGAAAACCAUCUCCUUCUCAGCCUGUGCUGUGCAGAUGUUUCUCUCCUUUGCCAUGGGAGCCACAGAGUGUGUGCUCCUGAGCAUGAUGGCGUUUGAUCGCUAUGUGGCCAUCUGCAAUCCCCUUAGGUACCCUGUGGUCAUGAGCAAGGCUGCCUAUGUGCCCAUGGCUGCCAGCUCCUGGGCAGCUGGCAUCACCAACUCUGUAGUUCAGACAUCCCAGGCCAUGAGGCUGCCCUUCUGUGGGGACAACGUCAUCAACCACUUCACCUGUGAGAUCCUGGCUGUCCUGAAGUUGGCCUGUGCUGACAUCUCCAUCAAUGUGAUCAGUAUGGCGGCGGCCAAUGUGAUCUUCCUGGGCAUCCCGGUUCUGUUCAUCUCUUUCUCCUAUGUGUUCAUCAUUGCUACCAUCCUGAGGAUCCCCUCAGCUGAGGGGAGGAAAAAGGCCUUCUCCACCUGCUCUGCCCACCUCACGGUCGUGGUCGUCUUCUAUGGGACCAUCCUCUUCAUGUAUGGGAAACCCAAAUCCAAGGACCCACGAGGGGCAGACAAAGAGGACCUUUCAGACCAGCUCAUGUCCCUUUUCUACGGGGUGGUGACCCCCAUGCUCAACCCCGUCAUCUACAGCCUGAGGAACAAGGACGUGAAGGCCGCUGUGAGGAACCUGGUACAUCAGAAACACCUAACUGAAUGA